CGCAAUGCCACUUAAGUCACUUGCACUAUAUACAUGAGCACCAGCACCAUGAUGAUAUCGAUUUGAACACACCAUUCAUCGCACCUUCAAAGUCAGGGCCACUACGACUCAGUCACCGAAUACACGGUUCUUUUCACUUCUUCCCGAAUCGCAUCCCCUACUUGAAGAUGUUGCAAUCAUUGGUCUUCGUCCUCGGCUUUAUCUCAACUGCCAAUCAUGUUGCCAGAGCAGCGCCGGGCAAGCCUGCCUUGUGUGAAAAUGUCAUGAACAACCACCCCGAGUUGACUCGAGAACUCCAGGGCAUGGGCAAGGCCGAUAUGGCAGAUAUCUGCUAUCAGUUUGUAGACAGAUGUCCCAAAAAGGUCACGACUACGAUCACCGAUACAAUCACCGACUUUGAAACAACCACUCUCCCUGUUACCACCACCACGAAGUUAACCACCACCACCAAGACCUCAACCACCUCAAAAACGACAACGACGUUCAGCAGCACAACGACGACAACAACGAGUGUCACUGUACUCGCGACCACUACAACCACAUACGCGCCAGAAGCACCAGCUGAAUACGGAUCUGCCUCGACUACGGCGGAGGUGGCCAGAAAGCGAAGCGAACUCGUUGGUAAAUACGACUCAGAGGAAAUCACAGCAGUUUGUUCGUGUCUCGUCGAGCCGGACGAAUCCUGCAACCGCAAGCGUAAUCUCCGAGAAACUUGGUGGUUCACCACGACGGUAUCGACGACCGUCACCGACACUGAAACUGUCGACCCUACUAGCACCAGAACUAUCACCUCGGUAGAGUCGGAUACCACAACUACAACCGCGCUAACUACGACUACUGCACCACCCACCACGACCAAGACCACGGUUACCACGACAACCACGAUCGAUACGACUACGGAGACUGCGGUCGCGAGGUGCGCCUUGAGGGCAUUUGAAAAUCGGGUGGCCACUGAAAACGAAAUCUAUGCUGAAAGUGAUAUCAGCCUGAAAGACUGCAGAGAUCUAUGCCUCGAGGGAACUUUUGCCAAAACCUGCAUGGCGUACUCGUAUUGGAGCAUCGUCCCCGAACGGUGUGUUUUGUACGGUACUCCCGUCAAAGUUGUCGCGGAUUCUUCGGUGUACAGUAACGUAUUGUUCUUUGACCGGGCUUGCGUUAUUCAAUGAGUUUGCGGCGAUGCAAGAGGCGGAAAGUUCUGCACCUGGUGCGAUGCAGGGUGGAGUGUUGGUGGGUGGAGGCAGAAUGGAGGAAAUGUUGGUGCAUUCCUUACCAGCAUGGAGGCCAACUAACGGGCAGGAUCACAUUCCUUUCAGCCAACAGGCUCAAAAGUUUUCUUGAAAUUGCUGUCUUUUCUCGAAUAAUGUCUAAUUAGAAAAACACGACGAUCAUUUUACCUAUGUCAUUGUUGUUUCCAGCAGAGAAACGUCAC